AUGCCUAAAUCAUCCACAACUUUACAAUUGCUAUCUAAGUCACGGGUUUUGCAACCACCAAAAAAUCUAAGGAGGGCGAGAUUAUUUUCAUCACGAGCACAAGACUCAAGCGCAUCCAAUCCCCAACUAUCGUUCCCAUGUUUGGAUAAGCGGGAAAAAAAGACAGAGGAGUUGUCACGCGGUGUCUUUAAUCUGUCAAAUAUUUCUUCAAGUUUAAAGUCUGGUCCAGAACCAAGUUAUGGGUUUGUUCGAACUGGGUUUCAAACUUACAAGUCUAGAAAACCAAUAUUCUUAGAUUAUGGAGGACAUUUGCCUGAGUAUGAAAUUGCGUACGAAACUUGGGGAAAACUCAACGAGGACAAAUCUAACUUGAUAUUGAUACACACAGGUCUCUCAGCCUCGAGUCAUGCAAAAUCACAACCCCACAAUACCAAGCCAGGAUGGUGGGAGAACUUUAUUGGGCCAGGGGAGUUUAUCGAUACUGACAAGUUUUUUGUGGUGUGCACAAACGUUCUUGGGGGUUGUUAUGGAUCUACGGGCCCUUCCUCAAUUGAUCCCGCAAAUAAUCAAAGAUAUGCAACACGAUUUCCGAUUCUUUCUGUGAACGACAUGGUAAGAGCGCAAAGGGAGGUAGUGCGUGACGAGUUUGGUGUGUCAAAGGUGCAUGCAUCCGUAGGGGCUUCAAUGGGUGGAAUGCAAAGUUUGGCAUAUGCUUGGGAGUUUCCCGACGAAGUUGGGAAAAUCAUUAGUAUUAGCGGCUGUGCUCGCUCCCAUCCAUACUCUAUAGCUUUGAGACACACACAAAGACAAGUUUUAAUGAGUGAUCCCAAUUGGAACCGAGGAUUUUAUUAUGACAAGAUACCACCUCAUGUGGGUAUGAAGUUGGCAAGAGAAAUUGCAACAGUAACGUACAGGUCUGGCCCUGAAUGGGAAUAUAGAUUUGGCAGAGCAAGAGCUGAUGACGCAAGACCUCCAGCCUUGUGUCCUGACUUUUUAGUUGAAACCUAUUUGGAUCAUGCGGGGGAAAAGUUUUGUUUAGAAUAUGAUGCAAACUCUUGGUUGUAUGUUUCCAAAGCAAUGGAUUUGUUUGAUUUAGGUGAAAAUACCAGAUCAAGAGCAAUAGAGGAGAGACAAAGAAGUGAAAAAAGGUACAAGUCAGCUUCAGGAGUGCCAAAGGAAUAUGAUGUUGUUCCAAAGGAGCCGUACCAAGAGAAAAAAACCACAUCCAAGUUUAGUGUUGAGGAAUCUUUAGAGGAUCUAAAAAGGGGGAUGCAAAAGAGAUUGGCAAACAAAGAUGUGUUGGUGAUCGGUGUUGAGUCAGAUAUUCUCUUCCCAGUUUGGCAGCAGCGAGAAAUCGCAAAUGUCUUGAAAGAGAAUGAAAACAAUACAACUGGUAAGAUUGAAUAUUUCGAACUAGGAAACGAUAUAAGCAACUACGGUCAUGACACGUUUUUGUUGAGCCUUAACGAUAUCGGGAAACCGGUAAAGAAGUUUUUAGAAAGUUGA